CAAUGUCAAAUGAGUUUAAUUAAAUGCUUAUUGUGAUAGCUCUUUCUUUGUGUAUGUGUCGAUUUAAAUUUAUAACAUCAACUUCAGUCAGUUAAUAUUAACAUGCUACAUGAGGUAAUCUAUCAAAAUGUGUCUUUCAUCGUUUAAUAUCUUAAAUUAUAUAGAAUGCAUUCAGUCGUAUUUGCUGUUGGAUUAGGUGCGAUUUUCGGCACCAUUUCGACUGAGAAGAUUUCACCCGGCCCGAGUCUUAAAUCCUUCAGAGAUGACUAUGACAAUGUCGCUAAAACCUGUGAGGCUGUUGGUUAUGUUAAGAAUUACUGCAAAUACAAUCAGUUUAAAAGAAACAUUGUUAUAGCAUUUUAUGCUCAAGCUAAAGGAAGUACCCAGACAUUAAGAGAGCGUCAGACUGUGAUGUUUCAAGACGUAAAUCUGAAUAUAGGAGGUGGUUAUAAUGCCACUAAAGGAUUUUUUAACGCUCCAAAAUCGGGGGUGUAUGUCUUUGAGUGGACAAUAUUGACGCCCCAAAACAAAUACGCUUAUACUUCUCUAGUCUUAAAUGGUAAAAGAAAGGCUUACAGCUAUUGCCAUAACAACAACCACUCAUUGCGUAGCUCUUGCAGUAAAAUGACAGUCGUGAAAAUGGUAGUCGGGGAUAAAGCUUGGAUUGAUAAUAAUUCUAGAUCAUUGACAUCUGUUUCCGCAGAAUACUCGUCUUUUUCUGGUUUUAUGUUGUGAAUGUUCA